UUGGAUGCAAUAGUUAGUUGUAAUCGUUUCCAAGAACCCCCGCGAUCAGGUUUAUUUUGUGAUCUAUUGUGGGCGGAUCCGGCGGAUGAGGAGAGAACUGGUGAUGACCAGCAGCAGACGUUUUAUCCGAAUGAUGUUCGAGGGUGUUCUUAUUUCUUUACGUUCGCUGCAGCGAAGCAAUUUCUGGACAAAAACGAUUUGUUGUCUAUUAUUAGGGCCCAUGAGGCUCAAUUAGAUGGGUAUAAGAUGCAUAAGGCGGAUAAGGUGACUCAUUUUCCUACGGUUAUAACGAUCUUUUCCGCCCCGAAUUACUGCGAUUGUUAUAACAAUAAGGGUGCUAUCCUAAAGUUCGAUCGAAAUACCUUGAACAUUCAACAGUUCAACUUCUCCGCCCAUCCGUACUACCUGCCCAACUUCAUGGACGUAUUCGCCUGGAGUAUUCCCUUCGUCUCGGAGAAAGUCACAGAAAUGCUCUAUGCCAUAUUGAACCCAACACUCGAUUGCGAAACUGAUACUGAUGAUGAAGAUGAUGAUCCCCUACCCGUCGAAAUACAAAGGGUAUUGAUGGACAACCAGGAACCCACACAAACCAACAACGGACAAGGAAGCUCACUAUCCAAACAACGAGCGGAGGCCCUACGAAACAAAGUUGUCGCCGUCGGCAGACUCUGUCGCGUCCUUCGAACACUCAGGGAACAACACGAACUGAUUGUACAACUCAAAGGCGUCACACCAGGCCAUAGAAUACCUCCAGGCGCACUCCUAGAGGGCAGACAAGGCCUACAAGAUGAAUUACAAAAGUUCAUGUCAGUUAAACAAAUCGACGCCAUCAAUGAGAGAAGACCACAAACCCGUAAGCUCCCCCCACUGCUGACCCACGACCCCCCUCCCAAUGCAAACCCCCCUCCCAGUGCAAAAUUGCUCUUCAGAAUUGCGACCUAA